AGAGAAGAAAAUUUAUUUGCCCUAAACUUUGUGUGUGCAUCAAAUUGCUCCGCGCUUCUGUGCGUCAGUAUCAUUGAACAAAUAUUUCCAGCGGGGAAGAUAAUUCGCAAUCCUCUUCUGAGCGCUGGGAAAAGGUCGACGACAACAAGAGGUGACGAAAUAGUGCAGGCAGCUGGUGGAAGUGAAGCGUAGCGAAAGUUGAGCAAAGGAAAAAGUUAAAAACGCAAUAGUUGGCGAAAGCACGAACGAAAUAAUCACGGAUUACGGAUAGCUAUCGAUCCAGUACAAAAGCGGAAAAGAAACCAAAACAGCAGCAUCAAAAUGCCACCGACAAACAACCGGCCGGAUGAGCUUCCGCCACCAAAGGCCGACUUCAGUGCGCCGCCACCGUAUGAGGCGAAUGAUUCGCAGGGCGAUAACUAUUCACAACAGUCGGUCCCGGUUCCGGAACUGACCACAAAGCUCCCAACGUACGAGGAGGUGCAGAUGGAGAAGAUGAUCAACCAUGAGCUACCGAUUCCGCCGAUGCAGCCCCAGAUGCCACCGCCACCGCCCAGCAUUACCUCGAUGGGUAUGGGCCGCGGACCGGGCGUCCCGGGUGGACCGCAGGUCACCUUCAUUGCCAUCGACGCGGACGGCGAGAACAUUACCGCCGACAAUGGGCUGCUCGGUACGGACAUUGUGUUCGUGACCGCCUUUUUCAUCGCGUUCCUGUUCAACUGGAUCGGGUUCCUGGUGCUGACCUGCUUCUGCCACACGAUCGCCGCCCGCUACGGCGCCCUGUCCGGUUUCGGGCUGUCGCUCGCCAAGUGGACGCUGAUCGUGAAGAACUCGACCGAUUUUGCGUCGCACGAAAACUCCUGGCUGUGGUGGCUGAUCAUGGCGUUCGGUUUCCUGAUCUGCGUCCGAGCGUUGGUGCAGUACGUGAGCAUCAAACGGACCUGGCGUCUGCUUUCCUCGUCCGCCCAGGAGCGGCUGCUAUUUUUCUACUAGAUUCCCCGCCUGUCCUUGUCUACACGUAGCAAUGUUUCGAGGAAAACCAUUUCCAUUCUACUUUGUCGCAGAAGUACGUGCAUGUGGCUAUCACAUCACAAGAAAACGGGAAGGGAGCGAGAAAAGCGGGAAAAGAAAAUCGUUAAGAUUUUUAUCAUAUCGUGUGAUUUUCCGUGAUAGAUGUUAUAUUUUUCCCCAUACAUAUAAAGUAAAUGAUUUUUAAUCGUCUUCUUUUGAACCCAAAAUCUCCAUCCGUAGAUGGAAAAUAUUGAAACCAUUUUAAUGUGUCCCCGAGAGGCUUCGGUUUAACUACAGAACCAGAUCCGGGCGAUGCAAACCGCAGACGGUAGCACCACCAAAUACACGCUUGUCUAAACGUUUAUUCAGGGAAAGCGGAACCAUAUGUGUUGGGGGCCAGAAGGCGCAGCUAUGUUACCCUGUAGAUCAUCGUUGUGGUUGGAUACUUGUGUUUGUAUGUUGUUUUCGUUUCGUAGCAAAGGGCUGAAGGGAUUACCAUUAGUUUUGUGAUAGCAAUCAGUAACACAUCUUCGCCACAUUAAUCACAUCAACACUAGUUGUGUUGGGAAGCAAGCGUCAUCCUCCAUGAAUGAAUGUUCGACGGUCGGUGUUUAAUGUUGCACGAUCCAAAUAGGCUUGCCACAGCCAUUGGAGUAUUUCCGUUUUCCCAUUCACUCCAACCGAAAACACUUUCCCCCGAUUGCCACGGAAACGGGAUUCGCAAAAAAGGCAUUCCUAAAUGGUAGAAUUACGUUCGUGUGCACACUUUAGUUACGUGCUUGUUGCUUCCGUAAUACUUUGCUGUUAUUUUCGCCAAGGGUUUAUUCAUUUCAGUUGUUAAAUCUUUGAUGGGAAAUUUAUUUAAUUUAAGGCCAUAAUCCGACAGUUGAGUACGCAACGGAAAUGAAACAAACAGGAAGGUGGGC